AAAUGAUUUUAGAGGAAGAUGAGCAAGAGGCUAUAAAUUGGCUUCAUCAUAAUGAUGCACCACAAUCCAUGGUCUUGGAGAAGAUGAAGAAGACAGCACACGCAAGGUAUAAGUGGUUAAGACAGCUGCCUAGACCAAGCACAGCUGAAAUCUUUGAGAAAUAUCCCAGACUGCUGGACUCUGGUGUGGUAGAACAAGAUUUCAGCGAAACAGUAAACAAAUCAGCCGAUAGUCUUUUCUGCAAGUGGCCUGGAUUAGCACCACAGCUUGUCAUGUAUGUGAAGAAUGUCCAUCCUCAGUACAAAACCAGCUUAGACAUCAUAGACAUGGGUGGAAGUGGAGGGGGUGCAAGAGAGCAGCAGGAUCAAGAUGAUGCAGAAGCAACAGAAGAGCAUGGAGAUGUAAAGCUUUCGCAAAUGGAAACUGAAGCACUUGCUUUCGCUGUUUUACCAUUGGUACUCUGUGGACGGGCCAGGGGUAAGAAAGGGAAAUGUUCUGUCUUCGAGAGUGUCAAAUCAUUCAUUGAUGUCAAGCCUGAAGGGACUGACAUGGCAUUUUACCUUAAGUCAGUUGAUAGAGAGACACAUCCCCAACCCUUCCUGCUAGUUAUUGGAUCGCGCAUAAAUCCACUGCAAAUCUUCGUCAUCGUUGAAAGACAAGCUCUCCAGUUCAACACCAUGACUAAAGCAGUUGACUAUUGUUUUAAGCUCAUUUAUGUGUUGGACAUAGAGUACCAGCCUGCUUGUGGUACAACUUGGGAGUUCCUCCAGACAAACGUCUAUGGCAUUGCAGGGAAAUGUGGAGUUUCAACAUCAGUAGGAGUUAAGGACAUUCUUGUCGUGUCAGACAGGUAA